GGACGCCCCCGUUGCUUGGACUGAGCGCGCGAAGGCUCCUACGUGUGUUUCAGUCCGCUGCCAGUGCUCUGCACACAGCUAGCUAAUCGGCGCUUGGUGUUUCAGACAGAGCACAACAGAAGAGAACCUGAGACAAGGUUCUUCGACAUUCACCUGCAAUGGCCGACAAGGAAGCAGGCGCAUUUGAUGAUGCGGUGGAGGAGAGGGUUAUAAAUGAGGAGUACAAGAUCUGGAAGAAAAACACUCCUUUCCUGUAUGACCUGGUGAUGACCCACGCUUUGGAGUGGCCCAGCCUUACAGCCCAGUGGCUACCUGACGUCUCCAGGCCAGAAGGGAAGGACUACAGUGUGCACCGACUUGUUUUGGGCACCCACACAUCUGAUGAGCAGAAUCACCUGGUCAUCGCCAGCGUCCAGCUGCCUAAUGAUGAUGCCCAGUUUGACGCCUCACAUUAUGACAGUGAAAAAGGAGAGUUUGGAGGCUUUGGAUCUGUUAGCGGCAAAAUUGAGAUAGAAAUCAAGAUCAGCCAUGAAGGAGAGGUGAAUCGAGCCCGCUACAUGCCCCAAAACCCCUGCAUAAUUGCCACCAAAACCCCAACUUCAGAUGUGCUUGUCUUUGACUAUACCAAGCACCCCUCUAAGCCAGAUCCUUCAGGAGAGUGUCGCCCAGAUCUGCGUCUCAGAGGUCACCAGAAAGAAGGCUACGGCCUGUCCUGGAAUCCAAAUCUUUCUGGGUCUCUGCUUAGUGCAUCAGAUGACCAUACAGUCUGUCUGUGGGACAUCAGCGCAGUACCAAAAGAGGGGAAGGUGGUAGAUGCAAAGACCAUCUUCACUGGUCAUACUGCUGUGGUGGAGGAUGUGUCCUGGCACUUGCUUCACGAGUCGCUCUUUGGAUCUGUCGCAGAUGACCAAAAGCUCAUGAUCUGGGACACUCGUUCGAACAACACCUCCAAACCCAGCCAUGCAGUGGACGCCCACACAGCAGAAGUCAACUGUUUGUCAUUUAACCCAUACAGCGAGUUUAUCCUCGCCUCUGGCUCAGCAGACAAGACUGUGGCUCUUUGGGACUUGAGAAACUUGAAACUGAAGCUGCAUUCCUUUGAGUCGCACAAGGAUGAGAUCUUCCAGGUUCAGUGGUCACCUCAUAAUGAGACCAUACUGGCAUCCAGUGGAACAGACCGUCGCCUCAACGUCUGGGACCUCAGCAAAAUCGGAGAGGAGCAGUCACCAGAAGAUGCAGAGGACGGUCCACCUGAGCUCCUGUUCAUCCAUGGAGGCCACACAGCCAAGAUCUCUGACUUUUCUUGGAACCCCAACGAGCCCUGGGUCAUCUGCUCUGUGUCGGAAGACAACAUCAUGCAAGUCUGGCAAAUGGCGGAGAACAUCUACAAUGAUGAAGAUCCAGAGGGUUCCACAGACCCUGAAGCCACAGCAUAAUGAGUCCAUCUGCUGUGUAACUUAACCUACAACCUCAUCAUGAACUGCCAAACUGCCACCUCAGUAGUUCCGUGCAGCUACUUCUACUCCUUCUUACCAUCCCUCUUUACUUUACUGGUGACACACUUUGUCGUAAAUCACUGUAAAUACAAGACCGAUAAUGAUCAUGUGUAGACCGUCCCCCUUUGAAAUGCUCAAUUUGAAGAACUCUUUUAACCGAAUCAUUUGAUGCCUGAUGAAUCUUGUGUUUUUCACAGUGCAUAAAAACAGUAUUUUCAGAUUGGCUCUCUCUUCCACACUGAUGUUUUAAAAACAGCUUUUCCAAUAAUAAAUAAAACAUAUUUAUAGAACCUAAGGUUUUGAUCACACUAACAAUAGUAGGAGUUUGCAAAUUACCUUGUCAGUUACGAGUGUGUAUAGCUCCCUCUGAGCAUGUUGGAAAUGUAGCAGGAAGAAGUAAAAAAUUGCAGCCAAGCUAUAACAUAAUUCAUAUGGUGGUAAGAGUUGUGCACAGACAUACUUACUGUCAGAAGGGUUUCAUAUAUUUUCUUUGCUGCUGUGUGUCUGACCUGAAUUGUUCAAGAUUUUGAUUUCCUCACCAGCUUGUUUUUUUUUAAUGUUACAAUUUUGGAGUAAAACUGUUUAAAAUGUCCAUUGAUGAUCCCACCUCCCCACACUUUAGUCAUUCAAUAAUCAUUUAACAGUUUUUGUGAUAUAGAUUAGUGGUUGAACUUUUUACAUGUUCAAUAUUUGUACAGUGAGUGCAUUCUUAAUAAAAAUGUGUUUCAUCA